GGUGUGGUGAAGAGAACAGCUUGUUGAAGAUUGAGUUGAACCGUGGCAGGGGUGCAUGGCCCUUUAAAUAUAUUACAGUUACUAACACCGAGUGCGAUUUAUUUGCUGUUUAUUUUACGACUGUCGCCAUGUGUGGAUUUUGAAAUCAGCUGUGGGUUGCAAAGCAAUACGACGAGGUUGAUUCAGGAUCCAGCUGGUCUUUUCUGCCUCGCAGGCGCAUCAUACUGGGACGAUGAGUGAACUGGAACAGUUACGACAAGAGGCCGAGCAGCUCCGCAGUCAGAUCCGGGAUGCCAGAAAGGCUUGUAGUGACUCUACUCUUCAAGAGAUCACAUCUGGUCUGGACUCGGCAGGAAGGAUACAGAUGAGGACCAGACGUACUCUUAGGGGGCAUCUCGCUAAAAUCUAUGCCAUGCACUGGGGCAGCGACUCAAGGUUACUUGUCAGUGCCUCACAGGAUGGCAAAUUAAUCAUCUGGGACAGCUACACAACAAACAAGGUGCAUGCGAUUCCUCUGCGCUCAUCCUGGGUGAUGACGUGUGCCUACGCCCCUUCGGGAAACUACGUGGCCUGCGGCGGCCUGGAUAACAUCUGUUCCAUUUACAACCUGAAAACUCGGGAGGGCAACGUCAGGGUGAGCAGAGAACUUCCGGGACACACAGGAUAUUUGUCUUGCUGUCGCUUCAUCAGCGACAACCAGAUUGUCACCAGCUCUGGGGACACCACGUGUGCACUGUGGGAUAUCGAAACAGCCCAGCAGACCAUCACUUUCACAGGCCACUCUGGUGAUGUGAUGAGUCUGUCACUCAGCCCUGACUCCAAGACCUUUGUUUCGGGUGCCUGUGACGCGUCCUCCAAGUUGUGGGACAUUCGAGACGGCAUGUGCAGACAGACUUUCAUCGGCCAUGUUUCUGACAUUAACGCCGUCUCUUUUUUCCCAAAUGGAAAUGCCUUUGCUACGGGCUCAGAUGAUGCCACCUGCAGGUUGUUUGACCUGCGUGCGGAUCAGGAGCUCAUGAUGUACUCGCACGACAGCAUCAUCUGCGGCAUCACCUCAGUGGCCUUCUCCAAGAGCGGCCGCCUGUUGCUCGCCGGCUAUGACGACUUCAACUGCAAUGUCUGGGACACGUUGAAGGGCGAGAGAGCAGGUGUCCUCGCCGGCCAUGACAACAGGGUCAGCUGUCUAGGUGUGACGAAUGACGGCAUGGCCGUGGCCACAGGCUCUUGGGAUAGCUUCCUCCGUAUCUGGAACUGAGCCUGACAGCUGGACUUUAUGGCGGACUGCACCAUCACUACAGGUCUCAACUGUGAGAACAACAUGCCUUUUGUAUUCACUUAUUACGACACAUUCCUGCAAAGAGGCCCAGGCUGACUCAACUGUGGUCAGACAGGAGGUUAUUGAGAAACGAUGGAGGAAUCAUUGUGCUUUAUGUACAUACAUAUGUACAGUACAUGAAUAUAAAUAUGGUAUAUAUGUACAGCAUUAUGCCAUGUAUAUGCCAUAUAUAUAUAUAUAUAUGCUCACACAAUGGUAUUGUAUAUAUUUUUGUAUUUUGAUCGCAACCCAUUAUAUCUGUUUGUUUUGGAGAUACAUCAUUUACAGUAUAUUUGAAGUCCAGGAUAUUUUUUUUAACAGAAUGCGAGAGCCCUUUAGCACAUGCGGCCAUUUGCAUUUAAAAAAAAAUUAAAAAAAUUUAAAGAAAGCACUUUUUAAGAGCCGAUUUUAUCAGAAAUUAAAUAAAUAAAGCACAGGGGCUUUCUGAAUAGUUUAAGUACAUAUGAUGAGUUGGAGACUAUUUGGCAUAAGCAGUAAAAAUGGCUUCAAUAAUGAUUUUUACCCAUUUCCUUUGGAUAUAAAAAAUAUUAUAGACCUUACGAUACUAGAUAGCUGAAGAAGGGCAUUAUGGACUUUUGUGUGUAACUAGCAGCCACGUAACAAGGAAUGUCCGCAAAACGUGUUUGCUGCUGUGGUAUUAAUUAUUUUAAGUCCCUAAAUUUUCUUUUAGUCACGAUCCCUGAUUUUCUCCUGGAAUUGAGCCAAAUUAAGAAGCUGUUAGCUUACAUAUAGUCUUGUAUUGCCUUUGAUAGCAGAUUCUGCACUGAUCUACCAGGAUACCGCUGCCAUGCAAAAACUUGAACCCUAGCGUUAACGUACAAGCACAUCACAGCAUAAUAAAUGCUGGGUUUUUUUUGGUGGCCAAAAUAAUCCCAGACACGAAUUAGUAUCAUUAUGUAGAAGGUUACUUUUUUUCUGCACUAUUGCUCAUUUUUCAUCUGCCUGAAAACACAUUCAAACCUUCCAAGUGCUACUGAGACUAUGAAAAAGACCCAGAUCUGUGCAGUGUAUGAUCAGUUAUCAGUCUGUAGGUCAUUCUAAAGCAGGGGUGUCCAAUUUUAUCCGCAAAGGGCCGGCGUGGGUGCAGGUUUUCAUUCCAACUGAGCAGAAGCCACAUCUGAGUCUACUGAAAGCACCCACACCGGCCCUUUCUGGAUAAGAUUGGACACCCCUGUUCUAAAGCAAUUUACAUUACGAUGGCCUGAAUGAACUAUGUUUAUUGGUUGGGUCGGGUUUGUAGCAUAGUUUUAGUAUCUAAGGUUAGGCCUCUGUUAAUGAAGAACACUAUAGAUACAUUGUGCAGAAGGCGUUGUGCCUGUUUUGCCUUCACUCAUAAACAAUGCAGUAUUUCAUUCUUUUAUCAGUUUGUACCAGCAGCAACCAAAGGAACCAAACAAUUGGCAGUGUUCAUUGACAUUUAUAGCAAUUCCUAGCAGUACAUUUGAUAUAGCCAGACCAUUAAGUCAUUUUUUUUGUUUGUUUUGUAUUAUAAACCAGGCCUUAAGCCUUAAUCUUCUUAAUCGUUCGUCAAAACAUUCCCAGGCUAUUUUCUACCCAUUUUUGUGCCAUUGUUCAACUUGACUGUGGAACGUUCCGAGGGAUUUUCUCAAUCAUUUGUUUUAUUUUUAACAAGUGUGUGUGUGUGUGUGUAGUGGACACAGUGUGUUAGAAUGCAGUCACAUGUACAACCUUGGUGCUUAAAUGUGUGUAUGGCAGACUGUAUCAUCGUAGCGAGUGUUUCCCUGAUGACCAAACGGCAUUAACUGCAUUGCUGUUCCUAUGGUCAUUAUUAUUUUUUUUUAACUGCAGAAUGAAGUGUUGAUUUGCUGAUUUUUGAAGUUGUAUGGAUUUUGGCCAACAGAAACUGUAUUAACACUGUAAGACUUUAAAAUCAAGUGGAACAGGGCAGGGCCACUAAGCUGAAGUAGUUACCAGUCCCUGCUUUUUUUUUUAAUGUUUAAAGCCAGUAAAAACAAGGCUUUUGUGCCUUGAUAUAUUUUAUAGUGCCAUCAUGUGGACUAAUUGUUUGAGAUAUAUAUGUCAUACCAAUUUUUGUUUUUUUCAUAUUUGUACAGUGGCUUGGUGAUAAUGGUGUUACUAUAAGUUGAUAUUGUAUUAAAUAAAACUUUUAACCAAA